ACAACAACAACAACAAGAAGAUGAACAAGACUAUGAUGAGAAUGCUGAUGUUGAUCAUCUUGAACAUUCUUUAGCCUUACCUCCUUCUGCAUCUGAGUUCACCACGAUUUAUCCUACAACAUCUCCUUCUGAUGAUAAUAAACAUUUAUAUCCUUCAACAUUCUUCUUAUCUCCCAUCACAUCUCAUGAUUCAAAUUUCACUCAAGCCACUAGUGAUGAUGAUAUUUUAUUGGAUGAUAAACCAAAUCAAAUCAUCAAUUCAUCAACUCCUCUUGUUGAACCUCCUCAACAUGAUGAAAAAGUGGAACCACAGGAUGAAGAAAUUUAUGAAGAAAAAGAACAAUUCAGUCCUUUAUUAUCCUUACCUUUAGAAAUCCUUUAUAGAAUCGUUGAAAUCGCCUAUUAUGAUGAUCAUAAUUAUAAUUCAAUUAAUUCUAAUUUAGAAAAUUUCUCCAGAACAGUUCCUUUAUUAUCAAGAAUGUUUCAUCAAUUAUCAUUAUGUUUUCUUUAUAAAUAUGCUAUAUUCAAUCGUCCUCAUUCAUUUGAUAAAUUCCUUACUAAUUUAAAUAAAAACAAUCAAAUUGGGAAUUUUGUCGAAUUUAUGGAUUUUCAACAAUUCACUUCAAUUGGAUUAGGUAGAACUGGGAGAAUGAAUCAAGAAAUUCAAAUGGUGACAAGCAAGACUAUUUCCAAAGCAUUAAGUCUUACACCUAAUCUUUUAGAAUUCUUAGCUAGUGAAAAUAUUCAAGAUGAUUUGGAUGUCAAUGUAUUGGAUUAUCUUUUUAAUGGAUUAAAUAGAAUUAAAGCCUUGGAUUUUUGUGGAGCCAGUAGUGAAAGUUUUGCUCGUGCUUUCGAUGAAUUGAUUAUACCUGAUAUUCAAACUCAACAACAACAACAAGAUGAAGAUAGAAUGAUGAUUGAUGAUAUGUCAACCUUAAGAUCUUAUUCUUAUCAAGUACAAAAUCAGAAUUUAUCAAAUUUAAUUAAACUUUCAUUUCAUGAUUGUUCAAAUUUAUCAAAUGAUGUAUUUGUGAAAAUCUUACCUCAUUUAAUUAAUUUAAAAAGAUUAGAUUUAAAUCAUACUUCAAUCACUUCCACUACUUUAUUACAACAUUUACCUACUAGUUGUAAAUUAACUCAUUUAUCAUUAUCAAGAUGUUCAAAAUUAACUACCAAAGAUCUUAUUGCAUUCUUAACUACUCAUCCAUCCGUAACUCAAAAUUCCUUACAAUGGUUAAACUUACAAGUUGAUUCAAAUGUGGUGACUCCCUUGAGUGAUGUUUAUUUAUUAUUCACCCUUAAACAUUUACAAGCAUCAAAUUUGAAAUAUUUAAAUCUUGGUGGAUUACCAGUUAAUAAAUUGAUUUUAUUGGUGAUUAAACAGAAUUUCCCACAAUUAGAAAGUCUUUCAUUAAGUCAUACAAAUAUCAGUUUAGUUGAUUUAUAUGAUUAUUUGAAUGUAUCAAGUACAAAACUUAAUCCCAAUCCAAAUUUAAAAUAUCUUGAUUUAACAGGCAUAAAGGAAAUCACGAAAUGGAAUAUCAUAAGUCUUUUACAGAAAUGUUUCCAUUCAUCCUUAAUGGCGAUUGAAUUCGAUUAUAAAAUCCUUUAUGAAUUAACUUCCAAUGGGGAAUAUAUUAAUAUCUCUCCAAUCCAAACCUCAUUCAUCGAAACAUAUUCUCAACCUCAAAUUUGGAAAUUCUACGAUAAUGAAGGAAGAAGAUCAUGGAUUUAUAAAUUGGAUGAACGUGAUCCGGAAUAUAAAUCAAUCCUUAAUGGGAAGGAUAAUAAUCGAAAGAGAUCGGUUCCUAAUAUGAUGUCGAAUUUAGUGUAUUAUGAUUUAGAAACAGGAAAUAAAAUCACUACUAUGAUUAGAAAACCAGAGUUUUUGAAGUAUGCUUCUCGAAAAGUUAAUUGUUCAAUUGGAUAUUUCAAUUUGAAUAAGUAUAAAUCAAAAUACUAUGAAGAAGAAGUUUGGCCAGUGGAAUUUAGUCAAAGAGGAAUUUAUAAUUAUUACUCAUUAAAUAUCAAGUGAGAGAGAGAGAGAGAGAGAGAGAGAGAGAG